CCCCCCCCCCCCACACACACACACACCCUGUAUUGCUCUUACAUUUGCCACUGAUGCGAGGCUUUGGUGCGCCCGGAUGCGUCUCCUCUCUGUGGCAGCACUGAUUCUUUCCUCCUCCCCCUCAUCCAUCUCAGCCUUCUUUUAAUUCAGCACUCGCAGGGGGACGCCCCGGACUGCCAUCUUCCCCCCAUUUCCGACAACUGCAGAAGGCUGGUAGGUUGAUAAUGGCCAUGGAUCGAUGAAGAAUGCAUAUGCAGAUUGUUGAGGGGUAAAGUUGGAAGGCCCGGAUCGACCCAGAAUAACGGAGGACACAGCUUAGGAACUUUUAUAUCCUGAUUCAUCGUUUUUUGUCCUUCUCAUUUUGAAUAGGUGUAUAGGCUGUUUUUUUUUGUUUUGCUAUUCAUGACGGAAACGAUGGCGCUGAGUGGCAACUGUAGGACUAACACCAAAGAGCAAGCAUCGGUUCAGAACAGUUUCCCAGAUGUGGUUGAAUUAAACGUGGGGGGGCAGGUUUAUUACACGCGUCACUCCACUUUGGUGGGCACCCCGAAUUCGUUACUCGGCAAGCUAUUCUCUUCCAGAAAAGAAGCAUCGAACGACUUGGCGAGGGACCCCAAGGGCCGUUAUUUCAUCGACAGAGACGGCUUUUUAUUCCGGUAUGUGUUGGACUACCUGCGGGACCGGCAGGUCGUCCUCCCGGACCACUUCCCGGAGAAAGGGCGGCUGAGGAAGGAGGCGGAGUACUUCCAGCUGCCCGACUUGGUGAAGCUCCUGACCCCUGACGACGCCAAGAACAGCCCAGACGACUACUUCCACAGCGACUACGAAGACGGGUCCCAGGGCAGCGACAGCCGGCAGUGUCCGCCCUCCUCUCUCGUCCCGGCGGACAGAAAGAGCGGCUUCAUCACGGUGGGUUACCGGGGGUCGUGCACCACGGGUCGAGAGACUCAGACCGACGCCAAGUUCCGGAGGGUGCCUCGGAUACUGAUAUGCGGCCGGGUGGCUCUCGCCAAAGAAGUUUUCGGGGAGACCCUGAACGAGAGCCGGGAUCCGGACAGGACCCCGGAUCGGUACACCUCCCGGUUUUACCUCAAGUUCAAGCACCUGGAGAGGUCUUUUGACAUGCUGUCGGAGUGCGGCUUCCAAAUGGUGGCCUGCAACUCGUCGGUCACGGCCUCGUUCGUCAGCCAGCACACGGAGGACAAGAUCUGGUCCAGCUACACAGAAUACGUCUUCUACCGCGGCUCGUCGCGUUGGUCCUCCCCGCCGUGCGACUGCUGCUGCAAGAACCACAAGGGCGACGGCGAGGGCGAGAGCGGCACCUCGUUCAACGAGCUCUCCACCUCCAGCUCCGAGAGCCAGUCGGAGGCCGGCUCCCCGCAGGGGACGGUCAUCUGCGGGCCGGUCAGCCGCCAGUCGCACCCCCGCGUGCAGACCCUGGACAGGCCGCCGAAGAAGGGCCCGGUCGCCGCGCUGCAGCACUCCGAACAGCGGCGGAAGAGCGACUUGCUGCGCACGCUCACGGCGAGCUCCCGCGACACCAGCACGUGCAAGAAGAGGCCGGCCAAGGAGAAGCCCACGGCCGAGGAGGAGUUGGAAAAGUGCAUUCAAGACUUCCAGAAGAUCAAGAUCCCCGAGAGGUUCCCCGAGAGGAAGUACAUGUGGCAGGCCGACUUGCUGAGAAAGUACCGCGUGUGAGCCCGGGUCGGCGGGGGGGGGGGGGGGGGGGUGACGGGACCCAGUGUGCAGACACGUGAGGCCAAGGAUCAGUUUACAUGUUUUUUUUUUAUUGUGACUUUUGCAACAAAAAGGGAGAAAAACCACCGAACUCUUUAGAAUCCAGACACUGGAAGAAAGGUCACCUUCAUGCCAGUAGGCUUAAAUGCUACACAGAAGCUAGUAAGAAGCAUAAAAAAAACAGACUUAUUUACAUAGUACGUAUGUGUGUGUGCGUGUGUGCGUGUGUGCGUGUGUGUGUGUGAGUAGUUUAGGCCUACAGUAUGUAUUGUAGGCAUGUGCCGUACUUGCAGAAUGCUUUACAGCCUUGAAUAUUUUAUCCCCCGAAAGACAACCUCUACGAGCCGAUCAAGCGACCGCAGGCUGCAGAAGGGGGUUACUGAGGGCUCCUGGUUGAAACCCCCCCCCCCGGUCCUCUGCCAUCAUUUUAAUGGAAAACCAUCACCGGAGCUACAAUUUUAUUCCACAGAGACAAACUGAUUUAGUUUUUGACCGUGUGUUAAUGUGUGUGUGUGUGUGUGUGUGUGUUUGCACCCAGGUGGCCUCGAGGUCAUGAAUACAUCUGCAUCAGGACCCAUUAAUAAUUCAUGCUGUCCCGACUAUCACUAUAAAUACUCCGAGUGCUCAGCUGCCAGGCCGGCGGGUCAAUUCCCCAACUUUUCAGACAACAUUUUGGGAUUUCUGAACUAGGAGGAUUUCAUCAGCAGCACAAUUCAUUUUCUUCUUUCUAAUAUCAGUUAAAAUUACAACAACAACAAAAACGCACCCCAAAGUGAAUCACACCACCUUCGCACGGCGUGGUUGGCUGUAUGCGGAGCGACAUCCCGGGUUUCGCGAUUGCGACAGAUAAGCGGUAUGAGAGUGGAGGAUGACAUUUGACGGUCAAACCUG